AGCCUAGUCUUUGGUCAGGUAAGAGUUAGACACACCCACACUGUUGAAAAGUGAUUUAGACAGUGUGUUGAAGACUGUGCAGGAAGUUUGAGGUCAAAGAAAAGACAAAGACACUAUCUACCCCAGGACACUGCCCACUCAGUAGCCUAUCAGAUGGAGCUGCCACCUCGACCAAAACUCUUUGACUUCCAUGGAGUCUCCAUGACCAACUACUUCACUGACAACUGGGACAAUGUACAGAACUUCCAGGCCAGACCAGAUGACAUUCUCAUCGCUACCUACCCCAAAGCAGGAACCACAUGGGUCUCCUACAUUCUAGACCUGCUGUAUUUUGUCCAGACAGCCCCUGAGCGUCAGAGACCCAUCUUUGAGAAAGUUCCUUUUCUGGAGUUGCUCAUCCCUCUUCACCCUCCAGGGGUGGAGGUGCUGGACAACUUAACCACCACUCCUCGCCUCAUCAAGACUCACCUCCCAGUCCAGCUGCUUCCCAAGUCCUUCUGGGAGAAGAACUGCAGGAUAGUGUAUGUAGCCCGUAAUGCCAAGGACAAUGCAGUGUCUUAUUUCCACUUUGACCGUAUGAACCAGGCCGAGCCAGAGCCAGGAGACUGGGACAACUACUUACAGAGAUUCAUGGAUGGAAAGAUGGUGUUUGGUUCAUGGUACGACCAUGUGACUGGUUGGUGGGAGAAGAAACAGACUCACUCCAAAAUCCUCUACCUCUUCUAUGAGGACAUGGUUGAGGAUACGGGGAGAGAGCUGGACAGGCUGUGCUCCUUCCUAGGUUUGUCUCCUUCAGCAGAGGAGAAGGAGAGGGUGAAAGGAGGAGUGCAGUUUGAUAUAAUGAAGAAGAACAGCAUGGCCAACUACUCCACCAACCCAGUCAUGGACUUUAAGAUAUCUCCCUUUAUGCGCAAAGGAAAGGUUGGUGACUGGAAGAACCAUUUCACUGUGGCCCAGAGUGAACAGUUUGAUGAAGACUAUAAGAAGAAGAUGGAAAACACUCAGCUGCGGUUUCGCACAACAAUUUAGGACUGUCUUCAUUAUCUAAAGCACUCUGCAGGUCUUAAGAACGUAACUGCAUGUAAAAAUGUAAUAACACAUAAUCCUGUAAGUAUGAGCAGCAAAGACAUACUGUCUAACUACUAUAAAUAAACAACACCAGAUGUCAAUGUU